AUGGACGCCUCCUCCCUCCGCAUCUCCAAGUUCGAUGGAACUAACUUCCACGCCUGGAAGUUCAAGAUGCAGAUGGUGCUGGAGGAACGGGACCUAUGGGAGGUCGUCAGCGGUGAGAUCAAGGCGGAACAGUGCGAGACUCAGUUGGACCAAGCGACGUACAAGAGGAAGUCAAGAAAGGCGAUGGCAGUGAUCUGUCUAGCCAUGGAAGAUUCCCAGCUACCGUUGGUCCGGUCGGCAAGUGGUGCAUGCGACGCAUGGUCAAGGUUGGAAGACCACUUCGAGAAGAAGAGUCUUGCCAACAAGCUGUUCUUGCGCCGUCGCUUCUUCACGACAAUGAUGGAAGAAGGCGACGAUGUGCUCGAACACAUCAACAAGCUCAAGACGCUGGCGGAACAGCUAGAAGCGGUGGGGGCUCCAGUCUGCGAGGACGAUCUGGUGAUCACACUCCUCGGCAGCCUGAGUGACUCGUAUCAAUUCUUGAUCACAGCUUUGGAGUCGCGCUCAGACACUCUUAGCUGGGAGCUCGUGACGUCUCGACUGCUUCAUGAAGAAAUGAAGCGGAAGGAGCAAGGAAGUAAAGGUGAUGAAGCUUCGCAAGGUCAAGCGUUCAUCACAAGGGACAAUCAGCGCAAAGGGCGACCAGUGAAGAAGUCCUGGCCGUGCCACAAUUGCGGAAAGAUUGGUCACUGGAUGGCGGAGUGCCCCUCGCGCAUCCAAGAAAACACGGAGAGACACCGGCCACAGCGUGCUCAAGACAGCGGCGACCGCUAUCGAUCACAACGUGCAAACGUCGCUCAAGAAGAAGACUCGGGCGACUACCUCUUUUCGAUCGGUGAAACGACAUCUGCGAAAUCGAGCGACAUCUGGCUGGUCGACUCCGGGGCGACGCAGCACAUGACGUGCUCCAAGAAGUUCAUGCGGAACUACAAGGGGUUUGACGCUGUGGAUGUCCAUCUCGCGGAUGAUGGAAUCGUCCAAGCAAUCGGCAGUGGGGACAUUGUCAUGUCGAUGAAGACACCCCAAGGGAUGAAGAAAGGUGUGCUCACAAACGUGUGGCACAUCCCAAAGUUAUCCAGAAACCUGUUCUCGGUCGGCCGCUUCACCAAGGAUGUCGGCCCAGUGACGUUCACGAAGGAUGGGUGCUAUGGAGAAGCGAAAGGGACCAAGUGGAAAAUUGGUGCCCGUGAAGGUAAAGGACUGUUCAAGCUGCAAAUGACUCCAGUGGCGCCGGAACAAGCAAAUGCAGCCAAGUCGUCGGGAUGUCAAGGGGGCACCAAGUCGUACCUCUGGCACCUUCGGCUUGGCCACAUAGGUCACGAUGGACUCAAUUGCAUCGUGACGAAGAACAUUGGAAUUGGCAUCGACAUAUCUUCGGUGAAGAAGUGGGACGUGUGUGAAGGUUGUGCUCUGGGAAAACAGACUCGAGUGCGCUUCCAAUCAAACACUACAGCUCGCACCUCCAAACUCCUCGAAGUGAUUCACAGCGACGUAUGCGGACCGAUGUCGAUGGCAACUUUCAGUGGAAAACGGUACUUCGUGACAUUCAUUGAUGACAAGUCAAGAUACUGUGUCGUCUAUCUGCUCAAGAGCAAAUCUGAAGUUGCGGCGAAGUUCAUGGAAUACGCUGCGAUGGCCGAAACGCAAACCGGAAAGCGCGUGAAGUACCUUCAAAGCGACAAUGGGGGUGAAUACAAGUCCUGUUGA